AAGGAGACAGCCGGUGCUGCAGACAAGUCCGUCACUGGUAUGUUGACACGUCGAGAGAAGAACAGCUGUUAUAACCUGUUAUAAUUCCGAUUGAUGAAAGACAUACGAUUUCUGAAAGAAAGAAAUUCAUUAGAUUUAGCAAUAUGCAGGAACAAGAUAUUCCAAUCGACAUUAAUACUGGAAAGUUAUUGGACUGGUUAAUUAAUCGGAGGCAUUGCAAAAAAGAUUGGCAUACAAAUGUCUUGACAAUCAGGGAGAAAAUCAACAAUGCAAUACAGAAUAUGCCUGCCCAUGAUGGCAUUGCAUCAUUGUUAUCUGGCGCCUAUAUAAAUUAUUUUUAUUGUGUCAAAAUUGUGGAAAUUUUGAAGGAGACGGAAGCAGACACAAAAAAUUUAUUUGGUCGUUAUGGUUCGCAAAGAAUGAAAGAUUGGCAAGAGAUUUUACGAUUGUAUGAAAGAGAUAAUGUAUAUCUUGCGGAAGCUGCACAAAUGCUCAUGAGAAAUGUCAAUUAUGAGGUCCCCAGUAUUAAGAAACAGAUACAAAAGUUGGAGCAAUCUCUGAUUGAUUUGGAAAAAAAGGAAGCAGAAUAUAAAAAAUCAGAAAAUUUUGCUCAUACAGAAUAUAAUACAUUGUGCAAACAAUUAGGUAUAACUGGCUACAGCACAGUUAGACAUGAGUUAAUGGAAAAAGUCAAGGAAUUGCCAGAAAUUUACCAAAGAGUAGCAGAGAAGACAAAGAAUUUAAACAAGGUUGUCGAGUUUUAUAGUGCAUUUGUAGAGUUUACUUUUGGCCAGCAGUAUGACAGUAAUUGUGUGUCUGUAAUUAAAUAUGUAAUCGAGAAAGGAAACACAACAACGUUUGAAUAUACUUAUGGAGAAGCACCAUCAUCUAUAGUUGAACCACCAUUAAAUAUUAAAGCUGAUGAAGAUGAAAGUAAUGAAAAAACUAGUGUAAAUGUUGACAGCAAUACUAUUGACUUUGGCAACUUGGAUCUAAAUCAAGAAAUUGAUUUUGGUGAAGAACUUAAUUUAGAUGGAGGAGAAAAUAUUGAUUGGGGAGACGAAGAUGCAGAACAACCUGUGGCAGAAAUAGAUCACAAUGUCUUUUUGGAGGAAUCGGGUAUAGUUGUGGAAGCAGCAGGUCACGAAGGUGGUAUAGCUAUGGGAUUUGAAGCAUACACGAUACUGGAUAAUCCAAUAACAAGAUCGGAAUUUAUCAAUCAGCUGUUUGAGCUGGAGGCGUUCUUGAAGUUACGUCUAUAUGAAUUCAAAAGCGAUGACAGGAACAACCUCCUGAGUUUUAGUCAGAUGCAGGAUGCUUCACCUAUCCUGCAACUUUCCACCACAGAGACCACUCAGAAUAUGCUGGACAAUGUCCAAGUUGUCCUUUCUGAGAUAUUACAUAGUAAUGUACAGCAUUUGCAUAACAUCAAACAUUAUUCGAGGUAUGUGGAUGUAGUGACUGCCGCUUUAAAGCAGAAAUUAAAUCUGAUUGAUAGAAUGAUAACUCAACAAGAAUCUAUGCGACAGAAGCAAGAAGACGCGCAAAAUCAAAUCGAUAAAUUGCGUUCGUUAUUAAAACUCGUCAUACAAAGAACUAAGGAGCUGCAAAUAGAGAUAGAACAAGAUAUUUCCAAGAGAUACAAAAAUAGAAUGGUACAUUUGUCCGGAGGUGUAAAUAUAUUGUAGAUGACAGACAAUAGAAUUGUUAAAUUAAAUGUUCAAUGUAAAUAAUUUUUAAGUUAAAACAACACACGCGAGAGCAAAUCGAUUUUGCUAUUAUAAAACAUAAGAUGUAAUUUUUUAUACUGUUAUAAACGCUUAUUUCCUUAAUAUGUACGAUGGAAAUAAUGAUGGAAAUAAAUACUGCAUUACUUUGAUAACCAUUA